AUGUACGAAGAAGAUGUGUCUCAUGGAUACCAGCAACAGCAAGACGUCCUGCAGCAGCAGCAUCGGCUGCUGUUGCUGCAGCAGCAACAGCAGCAGGAACAGCAACAGCAGCAGGAGGAGCAGCAGCAGCAGCAGCACUUCUUGCUGUCGCGUAGACGCCCUUAUGGGAGCAGUGCUUGGUAUGGCAGCAGCAUCUACGUUGAGCAGCAACAGCAGCAACUGCAGCAGCAACAGGAGCAAUUGCAGCAGCAACAGCAACAAUUGCAACAGCUACAGCAGCAACUCCAACAGCAGCAGCAGCAACUGCAGCAGCAGCAGCAGCAACUUAUAGGACAAUGGGAAAUGAUUCGUCAGGCAGAAGAGGAUUGCUGCUCCUCAACACUGGAGGAACUGCAGCAGCAGCAGCAGGAACUGCAGCAGGAACUGCAGCAGGAACUGCAGCAACUGCAGCAACUGCAGCAACUGCAGCAACCGCAGCAACAUGAGCAGCACCUGCUGCUGCAGCAAACGCACCACUGUCAAAGCCGGCAGCAGCAGCAACAUCAACUGCAGCUGCAGCUAGCCCAGCAGCAAAUGCAGCAACAGCAGCAGCAGCAGCAGCAGCAGCAGCAGCAGCAGCAGCAAGCACUGCUGCAAUUAAGGGGGCACCGCUGCCAGGCACUCAGUAUGAGGUUUCGACCUGUAGCGCAUGCACCUGCUGCUGCUACUGCUGCUGCUGCUGCAGCUGCUGCUGCUGCAAACGUUUGGUGUCCUAUAGAGGAGGAGGAAGCAGCAGCAGCAGCAGCAGUUGCUGCUGCUGCUUCGAGCAGAUACCAAGGGGAUGAAGACUACUGCGGGCUUACAGAAUGCUGCUGCAGCCGAGACACGGAAGCAGCUGCAGCAGCUGCAGCUGCUGCAUCAGCUGCAGCUGCUGCAUCAGCUGCUGCUGCUGCUGCAGGUAGUGUUGCUGCUGUGAAGAGUAGCAGGAGCAGCAGCAACAGCAGCGGGAGACGGUUUGCUCCUGCUGCUGCAGCAGGAGGUGUCAGCAGCACCUUUCUGUCCUUUGCUGCAGCAAAGUCUUGCUUGUCCUGCAGCAUCAGCAGCAGCAGCGGCAGUUGCUGCUGCUGCUGCUGCUCUUCUGUGUCUCCUUCGAUGGAGCAUGCAACUGGCAGCACUUGCUGCGCCUCUGAAGCCCCUUCCCCUACAUCCCCUGCCUGCUACCCUUCGCCUCAGCAGCAGCAAUUUGCUGCUGCUGCUGCUGCUGCUGUUGUUGACGGAGACAUUACUAGCACAAGCAGCAGCAGCAACGCUAUGUAUAGUCAGUGUAUGACCAGACGCCUGCAACUGCAGCAGCUGCAGCAGCAGCAGAACAGGUGGCUGUUGCUGCAGCAACGGCAGCAGCAGCUACAGCAGCAAAGGCAACUGCAGCAGCAACACCAACACCAGCUGCAGCAGCUGCAGCAACAGCAGCAACAGCAGCUGCUGCUGCUGCAACGGGAUGCAGGGUGCCCCUCAGCAGCAGAUGUCUCCUUUUGUAGGAGUAUGAGGGAAGAAGAGCAGCAGCUGCUAGCAGAGGUAAAUAAGCAGCAGCGCUUGCUGCAGCAGCGGCUGCAGCAACAGCAACAGUUGCUGCUGCAGCAACAGCAGCACCUCGAGUAUGAGAGGCAACAACACCAACUGCAGCAGCACCAGCACCAGUACCAGCAACAGCAGUAUCAUCAGCAGCAGUACCACCAGCAGCAGCAGCAGCAGCAAGAGUACCAGCAGCAGCAGCAGUACGAGCAGCAGCAGUACGAGCAGCAUCAGUACGAGCAGCAGCAAUACGAGCAGCAGCAGUACCAGCAGCAGCAGUACCAGCAGCAGCAGCAGCGGUGCAGCAGCAACGGCUCCUCCGAAGAAGAGACACAGCAUUCACCUUCGUGUCGCUUUUAUGAAGAAGACUAUUUGCUGCUGCAGCAACAGCAGCAACAGCAGCAACAGCAGCAACAGCAGCAACAGCAGCGGCUGCAGCAGCAGCGGCAGCUGCUAGAAAGGCAGCGGCAGUUGCUACUUGAGCACUUCCUCAGAACACAAGCCAUGAGGCAGCAGCAGGAGCAGGAGCAGCAGCAGCAGCAGGAGCAGCAGCAUCAGCAAGAUUACUACCAUGUGCAGGCGGCAGAAGCGCUGCAGCAGCAGCAACACAGCAGCAGCAACAAAAGCGCUGCAGAAGCAUCAGCAACAGCAACAGAAGCGCUGCAGCAGCAACAGCAGCAACAGAAGCAGUGCAGCAGCAGCAGCAGCAACAGAAGCAGUGCAGCAGCAGCAGCAGCAACGGAAGCGCUGCAGCAGCAGCAGCAACGGAAGCGCUGCAGCAGCAGCAGCAGCAGCAGUUGCAGCAGCAGCAGCAACAGAAGUGCAGCAGCAGCAACAACAAAAGAAGCGCUGCAGCAGCAGCAGCAGCAGCAGCAGAAGUUGCAGCAGCAGCAGCAACAGAAGCGCAGCAGCAGUAGCAGCAGCAACAGAAGCGCAGCUGCACCAGCAGCAGCAGCAGCGCAUGCCAUGUGUCGACCUGGGUCGGCAUAUAUACACUGCAGCAAGUAG